AUGAUGAAGCUUCUUCCAUCAAUCGCAAGCCUUUUGGGUACAGCAGCGGCCGCGGUCGAUAUACUGCUGCCGCUCUAUAUCUACCCAAUCAACGAUUCGCAAAAGCCUUACGAUGGCACCGUGGACUGGCAAGCAGCUAUUGCGGCCAUCGACGCCCAUCCGGAUCUGACCUUUAACGUCAUCAUCAACCCCAACAGCGGCCCUCCCUUCGCUUCAGAGGCCGGUAUCAAGAUUGACUGGGCUCAGUGGAUCGGCCAGAUCAACAACCGUCCCAACACUGUGACCCUGGGCUACAUCUCUACCCUCGGUACAGUGCAAGCCCAGCCCCAGGAUAUCGCCAUCGUCAAGCAGGGGGUCGACACCUACGCCGCCUGGGACAUAACCAACAGCUGGGACGGCAACUCUUGGGAUAUUCACAUGGACGGUAUCUUUUUUGAUGAGGUCAACACGGCUCCUGCCCAACUUCAGUACUACACCGAUGUCACCAACUAUGCCAAGUCCGCUACGGGCGUGGUGGUUCUGAACCCGGGUGUCGCCGUCAACCCCGCCAGCUCCUCGCUCUACACCGUGGCCGAUGCUAUCUUGUCGUUGGAAACGUGCUACACGGCUGAUCCCAAUGCACCGCAGGACCGGUGUCCAAGAAAUACGUACACACCGUUCACGACCGCGUCGUUGAGCUCGCUGCCGACGGAUGUGGCGCAGAGGGUCAAGUCUGCUGUCCUCGUGCACGACUUUUACGAUGACUGGGAGCCUUAUCAGCCUGCUUCUGUGGCGACUCUCCAGGCGGAUAUCAAUGCCAUUGUCGCGCAGGGUGUGCAUAGCUUCUAUAUCACGCAGUGGGGGUAUAACGAGAGCUUUACCCGGGAGCCAGCCAGUGUCGGAACUGUCUCGAAUCUGCUGGCGCUGGCUGAGGGGUUGGCAUCUGGUGUGCCUCUGUGA